AUUCUUUCGGACAAUAAAACUAAAUUGUUUAAAACCGUUUAAAGUUUUUAUCAUGAUUCGAAUUCCGUACCGAGUGCAAAGGUUUCGAGACAAUUUGUAAGAGCAACCGAUUAUAAUUUAUGUUAAACCCGAUGCGCGACGUUCAGUCUUUACGGUGAUAAAUCAGUUCAGUUCACACAUACCUAUACAUAGAUAUAAGAAAUACGAUCAUCACUUAGACUAAGUAUUUUAUUCUACUCGAUCAACGCGUGGUCCGAGAUGCGUUUCAAUAAUCAUUUUAAAUUGAUUUAAAAUAAUUUACUUAUUACUAUUGUUCACUGUGAAUUGAAACUUACUUACUGCGAAACCAAGUAAGUGUUUAAUACGUUAUUAUUUACUAAUAAAUAUUCGUACCUUAUUGUACUUUAACAAAUAUGCAUCGAUUGAUUUUAAAAUAAAUGUUUUGAUAUAAAGUGUAUGCGGUAUUCGUUUUAUUGUAAAAAAUGUGUUUUUUUUUUUUUGUCUGUAACAACAUUAUUUCUACCAGAAAUCUUGGUCCGAUUUUUAAAUGUAAUAUCUUUUCUAAAAGCGAACCUAGGAUCUUUCAAAUGCACCACCAUUUGAAAGAUCCAUUGUUUUGAUUUUCCUUAUUAUUUCCCUAAUAAUUAGGAAAACCAAGACAAAUUGAGAAUAUCUAUUAUUAUAUUAUAGCCUAAUUUAAACGUGGUGAUAUUUUCAAAACAUUCGGGAAAUUGUUGAGCUAUUUUUGAACCAUUUAACAUUUUCGGGGUUUUAUUUGGUUUAAUGUGAAUAAAUUAUUAUUCUUGAGCCAUCAAAAAUUGUCGAAAAUUUGACACAAGUUCAUCAUAAGUUGUAUUUUAGCUACUGGUAAAAAAAAAAGUUUAAUAUUUUAUUGUAUAAUGUAUAAUAUUGUACUAUUUAAUUUUUCUACGCAUUUUAAAAUCAAAUUUGUAUGACAAUUUAAACAAUUUUGGAUUUUAAGAUAUAAGGAAUCAAACUACGCUCAGAAUCGUUUAUUGUUAGCAUUGAUUUAUUGUUAAGAUGAAUUUCUUACUUUUCACUUAUUUCUCAAUUUUUAUUUUCGCUGUUUUUUUUACGAUUUUAACUGGAACCAGUGGCAUACUUAGAUAAAAAUGUCCCGGGGUUAACCCUUCCAAUUUUGAUAAGUAAUAAGGAGAUAGGGUGAAACACAUUGUGAGUUCAUGAUCAAUCUAUGAUAAUAGCUGAGAUAAUAUUGUCAGGAAACCCAGUGGCGUAAACAGAACUACUAAUGUCUUCACGUGUCCAAUAAUUUCUUGGGCCUUGACUUAAGAACCCUAAAUGCCACCCUAUUGCUACCUCACUAAGGACACCCUACAAAAAAACCAAGUACGUUACUGAUUGGAAACCGUAGUGCAUAUCUUUCCAACUUUUAUCUACAUAAGUGACACACUUCUUGACAGUAUAUCAAUUCUUUUUAACUUUUGAUUUUUUCAAUGCUCGAAUUGGAAAAAUAAAAGAAAAGGAACUUUAAGACUAAAAAAGAUAUUGCGUCUCUAACUCCCCCGAUUUUUAGUAGAAAAUUUGUUAACAUAUAGAAAAUAAAGAAAAAAAAAUCACACACAUCAUAGUAAAAUCAAUUAAUGCGAGGUACAUUCCUCACUUCACUCAGAAUCUUCAAAAUCGAAUAUUAAAUGUGUACUUGAUAAUUUAUAAGCGUUAAAAGUUUAAAAUUGAAUGAAACUAUGUAUUUUGAUAAAAAUGCAAAAAUAUGUACUGCCCAAUGCAUUCUAAUUAAAAUAAUAAGUGUAGAGGCGAUGGCGUAGCCAGUGGAGUGGGGAAGGGGGUUAAAUUAUUACCCAUCCCAAUAUUUUAAAAAAUUUUUUUAACGAAUCUCACGUAAUAAUUUUUAUUGCCUAGAUCAAAUAGCAGUAUUUCUCAAAAACUGGAAUUAGGCACUAAGAUUUUUAUUACGUAUUUUAGACUUUAAGAUCUAUAGCGAGUAGCAAAGAAGCUAUAAUUUUUACUAAGAUUUUUUUUCUUUUCGGAAACUACAUGUUUUUUGUUAGUAAAAAUAUUCCAAAUUGUUCACAUCGUACGCUAAAAAAAUGUUCAAUAAAGGACGAUACUUUAGUUUUCUGUUUUUGAUUGAUUUUCGAGUUAUCUUAUCAGACAAAAAAAACACGACCCAGCGCAUUACCAGAUUACCAUUCUUGAAAUUAUUUUUUGAUUGUAAUGAUUCAUCGUUGCUUUCAGUGUGUAAACCAAAGACUACCUUAUUUCCUAUUCCGAAUCUUCCGACCUACAGCAAUGGUCAAUGGUGCAAAAUAUGUUAUGCGUGUUUUAUUAUUAUUAUUAUUACUUAACUCGGGACUCAUAUAACCCACGAAGCCCGCAAAUGAUGUUAAAUUUUCGUGAUGUUUCAAUAAUAUCCAUAAUUUUAUUUUAUUUACUUAAUAAAUUAUAGUCAGUUAACAUCAUCAAUUAUAUCAGUAUAAAUAUAUAAUGUACACAAUUAAAAAUUACAAUGAAGUAGUCAAAGUAAACACUCUGCACUACUCAGCGAUAAACGUUUACAUGCUGAAUUAUGAAUCUCAACCACACAUUUGCAAGCUGAUAUCGACAAAUUAUUCACAAUUAAUUGCAGCUACAGAAAUCACAUCAGUUUACGAUUUUAUGUUUUAAAUUUUUUUUCUUAAUAGCAAUUUUAUAAAAUUCAUUGAGGUUUUUUUAUUAAGGUGGCUCUGGGUAAAAAGUCUUCAAAAAUACAGCCCUCAUGGUUAAAAAGUUUCACCAUAAAAAUACUUAUACUUCAAUUUUUUUUUCAUCAGCCAUAAUUCUGUACCAUUAUUCUCAUGUAAAGAAAUAAAAAGUGUUAAGAUCAAUUUUAGAUUCUAAGUAAUAAAGAAUAUAGUAUUAUUUCUAUUUUUUCGGAAAACUUUUACGGUAAAAAUGCUCCGAUUUUUCAAAUCAUGUGUAUGAAAAGAUUCUUAUUUUUAUUUAACAUAGUAUUCUAGUCGAAAAUUGUUUCGUAAUUUACAUCAUUUUUUCCAAAAAAAAAAUAUUUUUAGAUAAGGCAAAUCCUCGAAUUUGUUUACAUUAAUGAUUUUUGAUUUUGUACUUUAUUUGAAUAAUUUGUUGACAUUUUCAGCAAUUCAUUGCUAUAAUACCUUAUGUCUUUUGUUAUUGUUUUUUUGUUGAUUUCUGGGUUACAUUGGUAACAAAAGAAAAACACCAUUAUUAUUUAUAAUACUACAUUACUACUUCACUUAAAAUCAUUUUUUCGUUUGCAAUGAUUUUUCACUGGUAGUUAAGUUGUACAUCCUAUAAUGACUUCCCAACUACUAAUCUGCAACAGUAGCUUACUCGUGAGCAGUCACAUGUUUUUAAAAUGCAUAACCUCCCCCAUGCCCGAAAAUAAAUUCUGAUUCUGUCACUGAGGUACGCCAAAAUUUCUAAUAAAUUAAUGGAAGUUAUACUCUCUCUCCCCCCCCCCACAAAUCGAAAACUGGAUUUAUCAUUACGUACCUAGCAUGGAAUUAAACCUAUUUAAAAAUAUAAGAUACGAGUAUGACUACUCGUAUUCCAUUAUAAAUGCAAUCUGUACCUAAUUUACUUCUUAAAUGAAAAAUACGUAUUAAAUAAAUCAAAAGUUGAAGAUUAUUUUAUGAUUUAAUUGGUUAUAAUAUCGUCGGAUUUAUUUUAUGACUAAUAAUUUUAAUUGCAUUUUCAAAGGUUGCACAGAUUAAUGGGUACAUACAUAAUUUUAGUCUCUAUGUAAUUUUAUUUUAUUGUUUUAGGUAGAAUAUGGAUGGCAAAAAAACAUUUGAACUGCCUCGGCAUCCGAUAGCUAAUUCAAAUAUUUUCGAAAUCCUCACAUUCAGGUAAAUUGAUUUAAAACCUGAACAAGCCUUAAUAUUGUACUUAUAGCUGUUUGGCUAUAAUCUCUUGUAGAUAAUUCAAGUUUUUUGAAAUGAACAAUUAAAUUUUUUUUUUCCUUAAUCUUUGCUCAUAAAAUAGUAUGGUAUAUUUCAUUAUGUGUUUUACACUUUGUGUUUUUAUCACUCAUUUAAUAAUAUACAAAGAUUAUUUAGAUUAUGACGUAUACCUAUAAUUUCGUAUACCAAUCCUUGAAUUAUAAAUACUAUCUACAAUUUCGAUACCGACUAGGGUAUACGGACGAGACAUUUUGAUUUUAACGGAUGCAUUUUGAUUUAUUAUCUGUAUUUUAUAUUGUUUUUAGCUGGAUACUAAACCUAUUCAAAACAGGAAGUAAAAGAGACUUGGAAUUAAACGAUUUGUACUCUGUGUUAAACGAACACAAGUCAUCGUCAUUAGGCGAUGAUUUAGAAAAGUAAUUAAAUAUUUUCUACGGUAAAUUAUUAUUUAUCUUCAACAAAUUAAUCAUAAAAUCUCUGGUCUAAGAAAAUGGAGAUCAGAACUAGUCGACGCAGAUAAGACUGGUCGGAAUCCGAGUUUGUUAAGAGCUUUGAUUAAAGUAUUUGGCACUAAUAUUAUGUUAAACGGACUAAUACUCGCGAUUGGUGAGAUUAUUAUCAAGUAAGAAGUGAAUUAUUUAAAUAAAUAUUUUAUAUUUGCAAUAGUUUUAACUUUUUUACAAAACUUUAAAAGGACACAACAUUGUUAAGGUAUUGUUCGAUUGACAAUUGAUAAUGAUCUUUUUUUAUAUAUAAUUGUAAUCAAAUUUAACCUUUUGGUUUCAUAAUAUUAAUAGAUACCUCCUAUACCCACUAUUUCCAGCUACAAAAUUCGAAAAAUCGAUUUUAAAUCCAUAAAAAAAUAAAUCUUAUCUUGUAGGUAUUGAAAAUAUUGACUAAGUAUUACUUUUAUAUAAUUGUAAACUAAUUACCUAGGUACUAAAAGUUACAAGUUACGAUGUUCUACAUAACAUAAUUUAAUAUAUCUUAAACCAUGCUACACAUAAAUAAUCAUUAAAAAUUCCUUCUGGAUUACAUUAGAUAGUCGGUUUAAAUCCUUACAGUCUAAAUAAUAGGCUUAUUUUGGUUCUGCAGUUAAAUGAAAAAGUAUAUCUUUAUUUAUUCUAAUUAGUAGACUGUGUGGCCAAAACAUGCAUUUCUAAAUUAUUUUGUAAAUAGUUGAUGACUCUGUCAUAAUCGAGAAAGAAAAAAAAACGUACCUAAUUGAAAAACUGAAUCAUAUUUUUUUUCUCGUCAUACUUUUCAUAUUAUUAUUGCAAUUGGUGAUUACUUAUUACGAAUAGUAAAUACUAAUAACUAAUAAUAUUAACUAUUAUAUAGUUUAUUACACAGUAUAGUUUAUUACACAGUAUAUUUUAUUACAUACUUAUGAUGGACAUAACAGAAUCUGAUGAUAAUAUUAUUGAUGCAACACUAUCAUAAUGGAACCUACAAUAAUAUAACCAUAAUAACUAUAAUAAUAUAUUAGGUUCAGUAAUCCGGAAUCGUCAUUUUUUCCCGAAAGCUAAUGUUGAAGAAAUGUUUGUACAAAUUAGGUAGGUUACUGCCUAACUCGGGUAUUACUCGAGAAACGUAUUAAUAUUCACUGGAUUUUCUUCAACAAGGUUCGCCAGAACUUUAACAACAACGUUUUGUUGAUAUAGGUUUAUCAACGAAAUUAAGCGUAGGUAUUUAUUAUUUUCGCUGCAACUGUCAAUAUAAGUUUAUAAUAUAAUCAUUAAUCAAUAUAUAGGACAAUAUACGUGCCGAGUAUUCGAUUAAAUGAAAAAUGAAUAAUUAUAAUUGUUAAUCUAUUCAUCACACUUAGUCUAAUUAGUAACCAGUAAACAACUCGCAAAAACGUUUUCUGUAAACAAUUUAUACGCAUGAUUGUACGUCAGAACAAGCCUAAUAUUACGAUUAAGAUUUUAAAACCGGUUCUAAUAUUUGCCACCGCCAUGAGACCCUGUCAAAUUGGUAAAUUCCGAAUUUAUUGAUUUAAUAAAAAUUAUUUUGUUCAUCUAAACUGUGCAAACUAAAAAACGUGUAGGCAAGUAUAGUUUUAUCGUUACUGUCCUAUAUAAAAACCAAUUAAAGUAUCUCACGUGAAAAACAUGCAAUUAUUAGGUAUUUUCGUGCGUACAGUAAGUAUCGAAAACAUAAUAAUGCUACUAUUAUUCUACUUAUCAUAAAAAUGCAUGAUAAUUAUUGUUGUAGUUCGUUCAAAUGUAUCUCUAUCGUGAUUAUUUCGUUUAUCUUGAGCAAUAAAUUAUAUGGGUGUCUACUUCAUGUUUGGAUGUACCCUCUAUACAAUACAUAGCAUUUUGAUUACCAGCUAUUAUUUAACAAUAGCACGUAAAAUAAAUACGACUCUACUAUUAUCUUAAUAAUAUUUUAAUGUACAGCUUAAAACUAAGCAGCAGACAAUACAAUUAAUAGAGUAAUAAUAUUACCUAUACCAUAUUUGUAUGAACCAUUUAAAACUCAUUGAUUCUAAAUAUCUGAAUUUACAUAGACUCUUUAUCGAGUUUAAAUAAUCGUGUUCUUUAAAACAUUGCCACGUGCACGAAUAAAUUCUUAUAACAUAAUAAUAUUAAUAUACCUAUUAUUUCUUAUAUAUUAGUCAAAUAUGUUUCAAUAUUGUUUUUUUAAAUGCACGAAAGUUCAGAAUUAUUGUUAUCAUUAAUGAAAAUAUAAUUAAUGCCCGACACAUUUUAAAAUAUCAAUAAGAUUAAAAAUGCAACAAGAAAUGUCUAAUAAAAUAAUAAAGUAAAAACAAAAUUAUUAAAAUAAUUAACACUCGUAAAUAAAUAUAUAAAUCAAAAAUGUCUAUAGAAAAAUAUCGUUUAUAAUUUUUUUAUUGGAGCAAGAUUUCAGGUAGAAAUGUGGCUCACAGACACAAUAAUUAAAAACAAAAUACAAAAACACACAUCAUAUAGUAAAACCAAUAGAUCCUUUAUCGCUACGCUCCGAAUCUAAAAUUAACUACGUAUUUGUCGAAAUUUGUCAAUUUAAUAAUAUUUAAGUUUUCAAUGGAUAUCAAACUGGCUGGGGCCUGGUGCCGUGGCACGAUAUCCACCCGCCGCUAUAGGAGACUCCAAUUAUUAUUCACUUGAUGGAACCUCUUUAUAUUACCUCCUUUAAUUAUGUAUACAUAGAACUUUGUUUAUAAUAUUCUGCAUGUAUCACUCCACUCAUUUAUUCAAAAUUUACGAGAUACGGUUUUAUUAAUAGACAUAAUAUUAUUUGUAUAUAUUACCCGUGUACCUAUAUAGAGUAUCUCAGCCUUUAUUCAUUGGCAAACUAUUGUUGUAUUUUCAUCCCGAAAAGAAUGACAAAACCGACAAAACACACGCGUACGUUUACGCAUCGGGUCUGAUAGUUUCGUUGUUAAGUUCAAUGGCAUUGUAUCAUUCGUCGCAAAUGGCAAUGUUUCACUUUGGGAUGAAGAUGCGAAUCGCUUGCUGUGCGACAAUAUACAGAAAGGUACGCUACUAUUAUUAAAUGUUAAUUAUUAUUUUUCUACCUCUUCGCCGCCUUUGUUCCACGCUCAUUCCGAGUUCGUAUUUAUGUAGGCUUUACGACUAAGUAAGGCGGCUCUCAAUGAAACGACGGUCGGUCAAAUGAUAAAUUUAUUAUCAAACGAUGUAAAUCGAUUCGACACGUCAAUGCCGUACAUGCUUUUUCUAUGGAUCAGUCCUUUGCAAACCGUUGUGGUCACGUAUUUCCUGUGGCAGGAAAUUGGUGUAUCGUCGGUAUUAGGACUAGCCGCAAUAAUUAUGCAAAUUCCAUUGCAAGGUUAGAUUAGGUUAAACAAAAUGUAUUUAUUUAUUAUUUUUUAACGACAAAUCAAAAUAAGCAAAUUUAUUGUAUUACAGGAUGGUUGGGGACGAAAACGUCUAGAUUUCGUAUGAAAACUGCUAUGAAAACCGACGAGAGAGUGCGUUUGAUGAACGAAAUCAUUGCCGGUAUUCAAGUGAUCAAAAUGUAUACGUGGGAAAAACCGUUCGAAUAUCUCGUACAAUGCGCAAGAAAGUACCUAUAUCUAAAUUAAUUUUCAAUUCGCUCAAUUAAACAAAAUAGACUUAUCAUCGUUAUAAUUUUUAGGAAUGAAAUCGAUCAGAUAAGAGGCUCGGCCAUAAUAAAAGCUAUCUGGGUGGCUUGUAUGUCGUUCAAUACGAGGGUUGCGUUGUUUUUCAGUAUAUUUUCCUACGUGAUGCUGGGAAACUAUAUAACCGCGCGAAAGGUGAAACUAACCAUAUAUGGUCAAAUUUUGAAAAUGAAACAAAAAAAACGCAAAUAAACUAAUCAUAUUUCUGUGCGUAUAGGUCUUUGUCGUGACGUCGUAUUACAGUCAUUUACGGCUCACCAUGACAAUACUAUUUCCUCAAGCUAUUGGACUCAUGUCUGAAGUAUUAGUAUCCAUCAAACGUCUUCAGGUAUGCAUAAAAAAAAUAACAUUGUAGACCAGUGGUUCUCAUCCUUUAUUGAUUCAUGUGACCUUUAUUGACAAUAAUCCAACAUAAUGCAUAACCCAUUGAAAUUUUAGGAUAUUCAAGGAGCGGUAUCGUUGAAAAGUGAGUGAUGGGGAGGGAAUAUUACGUUGUUCGGACGGUGUUAGUAGUUAAUUGACAGCAACGGCAAUAAUAUGAUUUUAUUCUAAAAAAUUUAAAGUUUUCUAAUUUUUUUUUUCUCCGAUGAUUUCAUAUUUACCUCUGCUCUGAGUCCGUGUUACCCUUGUUGAGAACCACUGUUGUAAACUUUAAUCAAGAUUAAAUUAUUCUUUAUAAACUAUAAUAAUAUAUAAGCAUACGUAUUAUGUUAUCGGAAGCAUUUUCUAUUGUAUGAAGAAAAACGUUUUCAAGUGGCGAAUUUCUCGAAAAUCGUCAAGGCGGCGAAUAAUAAAAACGGUACUAACAACGACCCUCAGCCCGCUUCGAAAAAUCUAAACAAUAUUCGCGAAACGGUGGCGCAAUUCAAGAAUUUUGCAAUAGUCUUUUCCAGUGCUACAGCCAAAUGGACAAACGGUCAAACUGAAAACUCUUUAGAAAACAUUAACUUGACCGUGACGCCUGGUCGAUUAGUUGCAAUCAUCGGACCUGUCGGAGCCGGAAAGGUAUUAUACAGAGUGUAACACGAAGAUGUGACAUCUGAAAAAUAUAUUUUUGUUCUGUAAAAUAUGUUAAGUUUGUUUUAUUGUAAUAGUUUCUAGAACGUUGCACUAUGGUUCCUCAAUUUGAUAUUUAUUCCAAAAAAUUUAGUUUCAAAACAAUUGUUUUUACCAAAUCUAAGUUUUUAAAAUGUUUUGAAAUUUACACAAGUCAUUAAUAAAAUUAUUUUUUAUUGAAAAUUUGGUCAAUUGAUUGAUAUUAUUUAACGGUGCAGGUAAUGAAAACAAUUUGAAUCAUCGUAAACAUCAACAUAUCAUAUAGAAAAUUAAAGAUUUAUUAUUCGUAAAUAUUUAUAACACCAACAUUUUUGUUUCAAAGUAUAUUUAUAAUAUGGCCAUGUUGGAUUUUGUAAAAACGAUUUUAUUAAAAUUAAAAUUUUGUAUUUUUAGUUUUAAAAAUAUAUACAGUAGAAGAAUCAUAGCGUAUCACAUAUGCUAUUUAAUAAAACAAAAGUUAUUUUAGGUGACAGAUCUUCGUGUACAGUUCAGUGGCGGAUUUAAGGGGGGGGAGGAGGAGAUACCGGCAAAAUUAUAUUGAAUAUUAUGAUAUAAUAAUGAUAUGAUAUUAUGAAAACUGUGUGGAAAAUAAAAAAAAUAACCGCCUCAAAAUACCAGCUAUAGAUCCAAAAUGUUAUAAAAAAGCUCUCAUAGUUUUUUGAUAGAAAAGUUGUUCAUAGACACAAACAAAAUUCACAUAUAGUAAAACCAUUAUAAUAUAAAAAUAAAUUAAGCGUAUUAUACCGCUUGUAUUUUAAUCAAAUAGACCCCUCAAAUUUUGUUCAAUUUACCUCUUCCUUAAAUUAGCUUCAGAUCCGCUAUUGGUUUAGCCUAAACACCUACUAUACAUGUCUAUGUCAUUAGUUGCGAAAUCUUUUCGAAAACGUUAUUAUAUAUCUAUAUGUCAUUACAGAGUUCGAUAAUCCAGGCGAUUUUACGGGAAUUGCCGCUUUCCGAGGGAACCGUUUCCGUUCGGGGUAUAGUAUCUUACGCGUCCCAGGAACCGUGGCUGUUUGCGGGUUCCGUUCGACAAAAUAUUUUAUUCGGUUCACCGAUGGACAAAGAUCGAUAUAAAAAGGUAUUGUAAAUUAGUUCCUAUUGUUUAACAGGACGUGUUUGAUUGAUGUAAUUAUUUCCAUAAUAAACAGGUCGUACAAGUAUGCGCGUUAAAAACGGAUUUUCAACAAUUUCCGUAUGGCGAUAGAACGAUUGUGGGAGAAAGAGGAGUUUCACUUAGCGGCGGACAAAGAGCAAGAAUAAAUUUAGCGAGGCUAGUACCUACUAUAUAAACGUGGAAAUUGUUUUUAUUAUUGUUAAAAGGACGUGAUACCCUCAUUUACUGUCUCAGUCCAACAAACGGCUAACAUUGCACAAUUACACAAUUAUUAGUAAAUAUUACAGUUGUGGGGUUUAAGUUAAAAUUAAAGUUGAAGUACAAGUGAUAUCUCCUCUUCAGUUUUCAAAUUGUAUUACACCUGUGUUUGGACUCUAAUUUCAACCUAAACGCUACAAUUUUAAUUUUAAAUUACGUAAUAAUUCUUCUAGUUGGCCUUUUAGUCGGACUUAGACAGUAAUUGCGGAUAUCAUGCAAUGGCGACAUUUAUUUUUAUUUUUUUUUUUUUAAUACUUACGCAUAUGAUUACACAAACCCUAUUUAGAAUUUUCAAUACCACAAAAAUAAACUAAUCCACAUAUUUUCCAACAAAUUUAUUAAACUAUACAAGAAAAUUAAUAUAUCUAAUUAAAUUCCAUUCACAAAUCAUUAAGGCUAUAAAGAACUUGAUAAUCAUGAUCAAUUAGCUACGUAAUAUUCUAAUCAUGAUUUGGGUUUUAAUUUUAAGGGAAUACAAAAUAUUAAUUUAAAAAUAAAAUAUAAUGUAAACCAGUAGUACGCAACUACGCAACCCACUAUCGAUUAUUCAGGCCAACAAAUGUAUUGCACCGGUCCAAAUUACUUUAGUAUUGUUUUUAUAAAUACGCAAAUGUAUAAUUUGUUUCUUUGUUACUUUCCGUGGUUUUAAAUUAAAGAUUUCUAUCCGUUAAGGUUUGAAGUUUAAAUCGUUCAGGACAAGUUCUACGAAAUUUAUCUCUGUAAUACCAAUAAUAUAAUACCAUUGAUUUUAUUCUUAGAAGUUUUGUUUCAGGGCUGUUUAUAAAAAAGCGAACAUUUAUCUGUUAGACGAUCCCUUAUCAGCCGUAGAUACACAAGUUAGUAGACACAUAUUUGAAAAAUGCAUUAAAGGUACAAACAAUCGUAUUAUAUUAAGAAAAUCUGUAGUUAACAUUAAUAUUUAUUAAUAAAAUUAACAGAUUUCCUCGGUGAAAAAACUUGUAUUCUUGUCACUCAUCAAAUACAAUACUUGGUAGACGUGGAUAAAAUUGUUCUCAUGGAAAAUGUAAACAUCAAGCUAUAUUAUUUAAUUACAAAACUUUUGGUAAAUUCAAGUUAUUGUCGUUCUAGGCGAAAGUGUCGGCGGAAGGUACAUAUGAAGAUCUUCGGGCUUCCAAUUUAAACUUUACUAAAUCACUUCAAUCUCAAGUAGAAACAAAAGUCGUAGCCGAUAAUAAUUAUUCGGAUAUUCAAAAUGAAAACAACAGUAAUGGUGUAAAUUCCAAAUGCUCUCUAAGCCGGCAGUUAUCGAUUAAAAGUUGUUCGUCGACUUUUAGCGGAUGCAAAGAUCUCCCGAACCCGACAGAAGUGAUCGAGACCAGUUCUUCCGGAAAUAUUUCCUAUAGUAUUUAUUCAUCGUAUUUCACCGCUGGCGGAAGAAUUUAUAAGAUUAUAUUUUUUAUUUUUAUCUGCAUUCUCACCCAAGUAUUGACGUCCUGGAGCGAUUUAUGGGUAGCAUAUUGGUAUAAUAUAUUAUAUACAUCUAUACAUUUUAAACAAAAUAAUUAGCUAAAACCAAAUAAAAAUAAUUUUUAAACAAAAAAAUGUAUUUUUGUUUUGCAGGGUGAAUUUAGAAGAACAUGUAUUUUGUGAUAGGAAAAUUUCGCCUAAACCGUCGACAUUGAACACGUUUUUGUGGUGGACAAUUUCUCGACGAACUUGCGUUUACGUUUUUGGCGGUCUAACUCUUACAAUAAUAUUGGCUACAGGCGCCAGGGCCGCUACGUUCGUAUCGGUCUGUACGACGGCUUCGAUGAACUUACACACCGAGAUGUUUAACGCCAUAACCAGAGCUCCCAUGUUGUUUUUUAAUACAAAUACUUCCGGUAAAUGAACACUAUUAUAAUUAAAAUCGUAAUUUUGUUUGUUUUUUUUUCUUUUCUAACACUUAGUGUAUCUUUAUACCUAGUUCUAAUAUAUUGUAUUUUUAUUCAGGCCGUAUUUUAAAUCGAUUUUCAAAGGAUAUCGGUGCAAUCGACGAUAUGCUACCCGUAGCCUUGAUGGAUUGCAUACACGUAAAAAUAUUAGAUAUUUUAAUUUUGCUAAAAAUAUUGUAGGUACUAUUGAGUAUAUAUAUAUACUAAUGUUAUGUUCAAUGUUAUCGAAACCAUGUUAUUAUAGUACGGAUCGACAAUUUUGGGAAUUUCAACUGUCGUUGGCAUCGUUAACGUCUAUUUAACGAUACCUACCUUGAUUUUAGCGUUUGUUUGUUAUAAAAUAACUACGUUUUGUUUGUCGACAUCUCGGAGCAUCAAACGACUAGAAGGAAUGAGUAAAUGCUUAACGUUUUUGAACUUGGUUUAUUAAUUAAUGCGUUUCUUAUUAUUUACCUACAGUGCGAAGUCCCGUAUACGCGUAUUUGAACGCAAGUCUACAAGGUAUAACAACAAUCAGAGCGUUCGAAGCGGAACCAACCUUGUCUCAGGAAUUUGACAACCACCAAGUUAGUACCUAUACAACAUUUACCAAAAUUGAUUGCGGUUUAUUAAUCUGAACCGUCGAUAUGUUGUAUAGGAUUCACAUUCGACGGCUUGGUUUUUAUAUAUUUCUUCGACUAGGGCUUAUGGCUUUUGGUUGGAUUUAGUUUGUCUUAUCUACAUAGGCGUAGUGACUUUUAGUUUCAUAGUUAUCAGUGACGGUAAUACUUAUAAUUAUUAUAAUCUUGCGUUUUAUACAAAUUAUCGUGAAUACAGAACAUUCCUAUUGAAUUCAGGCACAUUCAGCGGAAAUGUCGGUCUUGCAAUUACACAAGCCUUCGGAUUCGCUGGCGUUUUUCAAUGGGCAAUGCGACAAUCGGCUGAGUUAGAAAAUCACAUGACGUCGGUCGAACGAGUAUUGGAAUAUACUAAUGUGUCGCGGGAAGGUGCCUUGGAAUCGCUCCCGAGUAACAAUUUUUUUUAAAUUUUUUUUCUAAGGCACAAGUUACAAUCUUGCAUGUUUGUAUUAAUAAAUAUUUUAGAUAAAAAACCAUCUUUAAAAUGGCCUAUGAGCGGGCGGAUUAUAUUUGAAAACUUUUAUCUGCAAUACGAGUCGGAUAUGCCGUACGUUAUAAAAAACCUGAAUAUACAUAUCGAACCAAUGGAAAAAGUAUGUAAAUGUCAAUUCUUAAUUAUUAUUAGCUUAAUUUUUUUUUUUUUUUUAUUUCCAUAGGUUGGGAUUGUCGGUAGAACCGGUGCAGGAAAAACGUCAUUGAUCAGUGCAAUGUUCAGAUUAGCUCUUAACCAAGGUAAUAUUAUCAUUGACGGUGUAGAAAUUCACGAAUUAGGAUUGCAUGAUGUACGGUCCAAGAUUUCAAUCAUUCCUCAAGAACCGAUCCUGUUUUCGGGAACAAUGCGAACCAAUUUAGACCCGUUUAAUGCUUACCCGGAUCAUAUUCUUUGGGAAGCUUUAGACGAAGUAAUAAUAAUAUUGCUAUAUUACUCGGUGCAAAGUAUUUUAUUUAAGGGGUCGUCGACGUGUUCACGGUAUUUUUAAUGAAUAACAAAUUAAUUAAUAAGAGUAAUAAGUCAAGGUAAAUUUGAAUUUCUAACACUAUGGCUUUUGCGGAAUUUAAAUCAACUCGUGUGUGUGUUAAACGAGGAGUACUUUUAGUCGAGAGUCGAGUUGUACGUUUAUUAAUCUUAGGUGCAUUAUACAUGUAAAAUUAAUAGCGACGGUUGAACAAUAAAUGUCGCGGUGGUUUUUAAAUUAUUUUGUUAUUUCGGUAAAUCCAACGAAACCCGAUGAUCGUGGACGAUAAAAAAUACAUUACUUCUGUAUGCUAGUUAAAUAAUAAUUACUGUGUUAUUGUAUUGUAUUUGAGGUGGAACUUAAAGGUGUUGUAGAAGAUUUGCCCAACGGGCUGAACGCGAGAAUGUCCGAAGGCGGCUCUAAUUUCAGUGUUGGCCAGAGACAAUUAGUGUGUUUGGCCAGAGCUAUUGUUCGAAAUAACAAAAUUAUCGUAUUGGACGAAGCCACCGCCAACGUCGACCCACAGUAUUUAACCAUUUGAUUAUUAUGACGGACAAGUAAUUUAAAGUAGAUUUUUGAUUUUUAAGGACCGACGCGUUGAUACAGAAGACUAUUAGAAAGAAAUUCCGAACGUGUACAAUACUAACGAUUGCCCAUCGUUUGAACACCGUUAUGGAUUCCGACAAAGUGCUCGUCAUGAACGCGGGUGCUGCGGUCGAGUUUAAUCAUCCGCAUAAUUUGCUAAAAAAUAAAAACGGGCAUUUCUAUAAAAUGGUCGAACAGAUGGGACGUGCAACGGCCGAUUCGUUACACGCUGUAGCCGCGAAGGUAAACCAAUUAUUGUAAUCGUAAAUUAUUAUUGCAUUUUUUAUGUAGUUGAUACUAAUGUACAUUCUUUUGCAUAUUACGUACGUUUUAGAAUUAUAAUAUGUUGAAGCCUCCGACGAUAAUUAUUGAAAUGGAUCGAGAAAACGGCAAGAAGAAAGAUUAAUAAUAUUGCAUUUCGUUUUACAGAUUUGCAUAUAAUAUUAUAACCAUUUUCCUAAAACUUGAAAAUCAUUAGAGUAAUUUUUUUUUGUUCACAAUAUAUUAUUCAUACAGUGGUGAAACAAGGGGGCUACAUGUUUUAUUUUUACGUAAUUUUUAUACAUGUAUUAUCUAUAAUUGUUUUUAUAAUAUAUAUGAUUGCGGUAUUAUUAUAAGUAAGACACGUUUGCCAGCAAUAGAAUUUCACAUUAUUACAAGUUUAUCAUUCAAAUAAUUAUUAAAUUUCAUAUUAUUUCAGACAGUAAUAAAAAACAAAUAAUAUUUGUUUUGAUAAAAUCAGCUUCUUCCUCUUAAACAAUCUCUGGAUCCGCCUCCGUUUUCAUAUAAUAUAAAUGUCUCCAAUC